AUGCUCAAAACCCAAAGGGGCACCCAAGACCUCAAGAUCUCGCCCGACGCACUGCGCGCCCUCUCGCUCCGCUGCCGCCGCACCGCGCGCGUCUUCUGGUUCGACUGGCGGGCGCAGCUGGCCGCCGCCGUCGACGCGGCGGAGGCGAGGCUGUCUGCGGGCCGGCAGGCGCGCGGCGGUCGCAUGGCGGCGGAGGAGCUGCUCGACGGGCUGCAGGCGGCCGUCUGCUGGAGGCCGGCGGAGCUCUCGUCCUCGCGCCUCUCGCUGCGCUUCGGGGAGCACUUUGAGCUCGCGGCGGCCAUCCGGCCGGGCGCGGCGCCAGCCGACGCGGUCGCCUCCGUCGACCUCCGUUCGUUGCUGCCGCUGCAGCCGGCGGCGCUCGAUGUGCCGCAGCCGCAUCUGGUGCUGCUCGCGGCCCUCUUCCCGGCGGUGCAGGCGCGCCUCUCUCCCGCGCUCGCCGCGUGCGGCUCGGCGGCGGCGUUGCGCGCGCUGCUCGCCGACGCGACGGUGCAGCUCGGCCGGCUGCUCGAGCUGGCAGAUGAGCGCGUGGUACUCGCGGUUGCGCCGAUGCCGCAAGGCGGCGCCGCCCUCACGCUCCGCCUCUCGUACAUGCACGCGCGCGCGCGUUUCAGCCUCGUGCUGCAGCUCGACUCGGAGGCACCCGAGGCGCCGCUGCGCUGGCGGAUUGACGGCUGGCAGCAGGCGGCCGCGCACGCCGCGACGGCAACGCCGCUGCAGGAGGCGGCUGCAGUCGUGUGCGAGCAGUACCGCUGCGGCUUCGGCCGGCUGCUUGGCAUGCUCGACGCGCUCGACGCCGUCUUCGCGCCAAAGGCGCUCGGGGCGCCGCCGCGGUAG